AUGCACGAAAACACCACAAUAUCAGCGAAACGAGCGCUAGAGACAUGGCGGAAUGGAACAGAUUCCCCUAAAAAGGCUAAGACGAAAGAGUUCUCUUGCGAAGCCACACCCUCCCUGCUAGUCAAAGCACUCUACUCCGAAUCCGCAGCAGCAAAACUCUGGAACGUGGCGAGCAAAGCACUGGACAAUGCAGCACCACCAACACUCUACCCAGAGUACACAGGCGCAGAUGGUGUAACCUAUGUCUACCGCACUCUCGAUUUCUGGACAUCCGGCUUCUUCCCCGGGUCGCUAUAUCUCCUCCUCGAACGGCAGACUCUCUAUCCAGAUUUCUACGACGUACCAUGGAGAGUCAGUAAAAAAAGCCCUCUACCCCAUAAGCUUCAGCUCCAAUACCUCUGCCAAUGGUGGACAGAAAAUUUACACACCAACGCCGCGAAGCGAGAUACUCAUGAUCUGGGCUUCAUGAUCGCGCCAUGGGCCAUGAAGGCAUGGUCGUUGAACCGCGAUCCGCAGGCCUACAACAGUUUAGUUUUAGCCGCGCAUUCCCUGGCUAGUCGGUUCGACGAGCGCGUUCAGUCAUUGCGCAGCUGGGAUGUUUGUCAUACGAAACUAUAUUCCUUCACGGAUCCCGAGAAGGAUUUCCUGGUCAUCAUCGAUAACAUGUUGAACCUUGAUUUGUUGUUCUGGGCUGCGAAGGAGACGGGAAAUUUAAAGUUUCACGAUAUCGCGGUGGCGCAUGCGCGGACCACAGCUAAACAUCACAUAAGAUCGGAUAAUAGCACAGUCCAUGUGGUUAAUUAUGAUGCGAAGAGUGGCCUGCCGAAAUCGAAGUUCACACAUCAGGGAUAUAGCGAUGGGAGCUGUUGGGCUCGUGGCCAGGCUUGGGGCAUCCUAGGAUUCAUGCAGACCUUCGAGUGGACGGGGGAGAUGGAGUUUCUCACGACGGCACGAAGCUUGGCUGAUUAUUUUAUCCGUCGUUUGCCUGACGAUGGUGUGCCGUAUUGGGACUUUGAUGCUCCUGUGGACUCGUCUUGUCCAAGAGAUACCUCGGCGGGUAUGGUGGCGGGCUGUGGGAUGUUAUUGAUUUACAAGGCGUUGAGAGGUGUGGAUGAGGAGGGCGCUGAAUUUUAUUUGAAGUCUGCAAUAAGGAUUUUGGCAGGGACGGUGAAAGGGUUCAUGACUCCUGGCGAUCUCAGGUUCGAAGCUGGGGCGUCUGAUACCGUGGUGCCGACGUAUCCCGACGAUCUGCCUGAGCACAAAAGGAGGCAGUCAGGAGCGAUUCGGGUUACGGAUUCUCGACCGACACAUAAUGGGAAUGGGACUUGUAAGAGAACACCAGAGACCAUCCUCGAUGGUGCGACGAUAAAUAACUACGAGUUUGCUACUCGUCGCUGGGCAAACCAUGGUCUUGUCUAUGCCGAUUAUUAUUUCAUGCUGAUGGGAAACAUCCUCUUAGAGCUGGGACUGGUUAGUGGGACAAAGAUUGCUAUCCAUGGGGAGCAUUUGUUAUAA